AAUGUAGCACUGAUUGUAUAUUUCAAGGACAAGUGAAAAGUAUUUGUAAGAAUUUGGUGACGAUUCAUUCUUCUUUAUCAAAUGUAAAGGUUGUGAAAUGGUUCUAUAUAAGUUAUAUUGGAUAUAUAUCAACUUUAUUAAACAGGUUUUAACGUUUUAUGUCUAACUGACUUGAUCAACAAUAAUAAUGGAUAUGUUGCAAAAGUAAUAUAGGAAUUUACUUUGGGAACGACAAAAACUAUAUGUGCACCCCUGUUAUUUACUCGGAGGCACUAAAAGAACAAAUUUAAGACUAAAUAAUUCUCGAUAUUCUUAGUUGGUUAGUUUAACCAGUAAAAAUGCCGACCCCACAAACAAUGCCGGGCUCAUUAGCUGAGUUUUUUCUACUUGCGGAGACGAAUCCAAAAGAGUUCAAUCCAAUGAGUUAUAUUAAACCUUACACUAAUGGUACGAAUAUGACUGAUAUAGACAUAGAAGAAAAGAUUAUUGGAAGAAGUCUUGCGUUAGUAAUAGCAUAUGGCGUUCUUGCAGCAGUGGCUUUGUUUGGAAACAUUCUUGUGUGUCAUGUGAUCUUCAGUCGAAGGCGCAUGCGUACUGUGACAAAUAUAUUCAUUGCAAAUCUUGCAGUGUCGGAUCUACUUCUUAUAGUACUUAACGUUCCAUUUAACAUCGCAAAGGAUUUGAUGAGAGAGUGGUUAUUUGGAGAUGCUUUGUGUCGCAUCAUGAACAUGUCCCUUAUAAUGUCGUGUUAUGCUUCUACAUUGACACUAACAGUUAUAGCUUUAGACAGACACCGUGUAUUGUUAUACCCUUUACGUCCACGAAUCAUGAAGUCCGGAGGAAUGGUGGUUGUGUCACUAAUAUGGCUUGUUUCAGUAUGUUUAGCACUACCCUUUGCAAUUUACAGCAAACCGCUAAAAAUCGAUUGGCUUUAUACACAUUUCACAAGGUGUAUGCCCAAUUAUCCGAGUCCAAAAAUUGAACAAUGUUUGACGAUUAUUACAAUAAUCCUCCAAUACUUUAUUCCACUUACGGUGAUUGGCGUCACAUACGGACGAAUAGUACGUCGAAUAUGGGAAAGAACGGACCUUGGCGCAGUAACAGCAUAUCAGCAUGCCUGUAGAUCAAAGCACAAGAAAAAAAGCAUAAAAAUGUUGAUGAUAGUAGUCAUUGUUUUUGCCAUCUGCUGGAUGCCACUAAAUCUAUACCAUUUGCUUACUGAUGUCCAUCCUGAUAUAGAGGCAUUUAAUUAUGACACUACAGCUUUCUUUGUUUGCCAUUGGAUUGCUCUGAGUUCCACUUGUUACAAUCCGUUUAUAUACUGUUGGCUUAACGAGGCAUUCCGUGCUGAGAUAAGAGCUGUUUUUAGAUGUUGUUGCCCUGUUGAUAUCAAUAUAUACCCCCGAGAUAACAAAAUGGACUCUUUAAGCCAAUCAGAUUCAAUGUCGCUCCAAAUCAAACCGAAGUCUUUGUUUACAUCGAAGCGAAACAGUACAAUGGUUGAGAAUCUCAAUACGUCAUUGCAUCAUAAUCAUACACACAGCGGAUGUGACUGUCGGAGUAAUUUUUUGACGUCAUCAACAUGGCGGAACGGUAAUCCCGCAACAGAAAGCGUUGACCUCUUGGAACAUGAAAGAAAUCAAGCUGCGUGCCCCCAUUAUAAACGUUACACUAAAUAAACAGGUUUUAUAUAUGUCUUAUAAGGAAGUGCUUUGAGUUGUUUAUAGUCAAAAUAUGAAAUAAUUUUAUAUCAAAGUACUGUAUAAACUAUUUUCUGUAUGUGUAUGUAAAUAAAUAUUGUAAAUUCAAAAAAGUAGAAAAUAAAUGUACAUUAAUUUUGAUGAUAAAUUGCAUAUAAAUGUUUGAAAAUGUUAUAGUUGGAAUAUAGUAAUGCUGCAUAUUCCCAGGAAUUAUGUAUAUAGCUGUUUUAUUGUAUAUAUCCUUUUUGUAUAUAGUUUAUUAUGUAAUGUAGAUAACUUUUAAACAGAGAGACACAUAACAUUUUACAUUUAAUGUUAUUCAAUUUUUAAUUUAAAAUACUACUCGAAUGGUCUUCUACUACACAUGUAAUAUGUUUUUAUCAUUCAUUUUCCUGAUUUCAUUUGUUGUUUUAUCAGUAAAAUAUUUGAUUUUAUCUUACAUUAUUCUAAUCUUACACUUUUCUUUUGUAUUAUUUUAUUAACAUAGAUUUAUUGAAACUUCUUUGUUGUAUGUUAUUUAUCUUAGACUGUAAUUUUGUUAGAAAAAUAUUCUACGAACUGUAAUAAUAAUUGUUGUAUUUUUUUCUUUGAAACAUCCUUUAUUAUCAGAAUUGAUUGUAAAUUAAAUUGCUCAUUUAUAAGAAAGCAAAACAUCAAGUUCAAUUUUCCAGCAGUGUCUCGAUCUUAUUCCAUAAUAACAAGCAAGAAAGUACUUAAGUUAGUUGUUUUAUUUCUAAUUAAAAAAUCUCAUUUUCGUAUAAUAUUAAUUUGCUUUUCCUUUGCAAAUAAACUUUUCUAAUACUACUAUCAAAAAUCUUGCUAAUAAUUAUGUAAACCCUAACUUAUUUCUUACAAUUAUAUUAUGCUAUUUGGUAUAUUGAAUAAUAACAUAUCAUAAACAUUUAGAAACUAAAUAUAUUGAUAUAAAUAAUGCAUGCAUGCGAACGUGUUUGAGUACGUACGUACAUAUGUAUGUGCAUUUUUCCAUAGAUGGUAUUGUUGUGUCGUGUAUCUGCAAAAAUGUUGAAUAUUUUAUCAUAAUUAACUAAAAAGGAAAAAAACACUUGAAUAGUAUAAACGUUUUGAAAAGUAUAGCCAGUGUUCCUAUUAUAACAUUAACUUUUUCUGUGUAUAAAAGUAACAUUUGCUUCGUUAGCAUAAAUGUGUUUGCUAUGAACAUGUUUUAAUCAUUGUAAUAUACUCGUACAUGUAUGGUUACUUAGAUAUCAUUACAAAAACCUAUUUGCUUUUGCAGAAAUUAUCUUUUAAGAUAUGGUUUGCAGACAAACACAUGCUCAAAUUAAAUUCAACUGAUAAGCUUAUGUAUGAUUUCCAAACAAGUGACUGUGAAUAUGUUUUGAUGGUCUGAAAUGUGAGUGCAGAUGUUGUUGAGUUAAAUAAAAUAGUUUUUGACAAAAA